AUGAAUCGCGCAUUCGUCUUCCUCCUAACUUUCUGUUCGGGGAACUGUUUCUUCGACAUCAGAGACAUAAUGUCGGGCACUAUGGACCGACUCCCCGGGGACUUCGCUGCGGCUAUUAAAGAUAUAGCGGAGGGACUGCCCACUAGAACGAUGACUGUUGUACGCGGAAACUCUACGAAUUUAAGUGCCGAAGACAUGUACGAACUUUUCUGCUUGCUAAGCGCACACUCGGUACAAGUUGUCAACUUAGAUAUCACGACAAAAGAGAAUAAAGAAAAGUAUUACGCUUUCGUGAAAGAAGCUCUGGACGUCUCUGACGAAAGAACGAGCCUAAUACUCUGCGAGCCCUAUGAAUGUGAAGCAAUUUUGUCUGAGUUAACAGAACACAACCUGAUCCACCGCACGAUCCUGUACCUGUUCUACUGGUCAUACGGUCCCGUCAGCGAGAAAUUCCUGUUCACUCUCUCCGAAGCUAUGAGGGUAGCUGUUGUCACCAACCCGCGGCCUGGCGUAUUCCGUAUAUACUACAAUCAAGCGACCCCCCACCAAAUGCACCACCUGUCGUUAGUCAACUGGUGGGCAGGGAGGUUGUAUAAGUCGCCAGUGCUGCCACCUGCCGAUAAGGUGUACCAUGAUUUUAAAGGCAGGGUCUUCAGAGUACCUGUGUUACACGCCCCGCCCUGGCAUUUCGUAACGUACAACAAUGACUCGACUGUCAACGUCACCGGUGGACGAGAUGACAAGCUACUGUCCCUGCUAGCCAAGAAACUUAACUUUCGGUACGAAUACUACGACCCACCCGAAAGAAGCCAAGGAUCAGGGAUCUCUGGGAACGGGACUCUUAAAGGGACCCUCGGCCUAAUCUGGAAGAGGAAAGCGGAUUUCUUCCUCGGCGACGUCUCAAUGACAUGGGAAGGCCUACAAGCCGUGGAGUUCUCAUUCCUGACCCUGGCUGACUCGGGAGCAUUCCUGACCCACGCCCCGGCCAAGCUCAGCGAGACCCUGGCCAUUAUCAGACCCUUCCAAUGGGAGGUAUGGCCUUUGGUGUGUGCGACGCUUCUGGUGACGGGACCGGCGCUGUGGGCGGUGAUCGCAGCGCCAUCUCUGUGGCGGAAUGGACGGAAGAACCAACUGGCGCUGUUCAGCAACUGCUGCUGGUUCACCACCUCUCUGUUCCUGAGACAAUCAUCAAGCAAAGAACCGUCCAGCACCCACAAGGCCCGCCUCGUCGCCGUCCUGAUAUCCUUAGGAGCCACCUACGUCAUCGGGGACAUGUAUUCUGCCAAUCUGACAAGUCUGCUGGCCAGGCCUGCAAGGGAGGCGCCUAUCGGGACUCUGCAAGCUUUGGAAGAUGCGAUGAGGGACAAGGGAUAUGAACUGGUGGUUGAGCGACAUAGCUCAUCUUUAGCUAUUUUACAGAAUGGUACAGGCGUAUAUGGACGCCUAGCGCGCCUGAUGCGUCGUCAGCGCGUCCAACGCGUACGCAGCGUAGAAGUUGGCGUACGCCUUGUACUGGCGCGUCGUCGCGUCGCUGUGCUGGGCGGACGGGAGACGCUAUACUACGACACCGAACGCUUUGGUUCCCACAAUUUUCACCUGAGUGAGAAACUUUACACGCGCUACUCGGCCAUCGCGCUGCAGAUCGGCUGCCCGUAUCUCGACACGUUCAACCACGUCAUAAUGUCCCUAUUCGAAGCCGGCAUCAUAGCCAAGAUGACUAUGGACGAGUACAAGAACCUUCCGGAACAUUCCCGAAGGUCCGACCCGGUCAGCGAGUCCGAUCAGGACAGCUCGGAACUGAAGGACUCCACGGGUACCACGUCUCAGGCGCAACAGGUCGAGUCGACGAAGGGUCUCACCCCCGUGUCACUAAGCAUGCUUCGGGGCGCCUUCUGUUUGCUGGGGAUUGGACACUUGCUGGCAGCAAUAGCCCUGGCCCUCGAGAUCCAACUCCACCGCCGUUCUAAAAAGAAGGGGACCACAGAACAUUCAACCAGGAGGGUAGUCCGAGCGAGCGUCCUCAGUAAAGCAUUCAAGUGCCUGAGAAGACUCUUCAGGCGGCUCAUCGCGUCCGCUCACCGACAGCUCGACAGGGCCUUGGGACCUGCUGUUUGAUCACGGAGUGUCUGAAUUACCUUGAGGAGCAACAUCUAUUCUGUUUAGCUUAUAAGAAGUAGUUUGAAAAGUCACUUAGUAACUUUAAUAGUUCGAGGAGCUGUUCUGCUUAGCUCAAAAACAGUAAAUCAUUGAAAUUCUAGGAGCAUUGGAGUCUUUAUGGGCAUUUAGGUAAGGUUCCAGAAUGCGCCCUGCAGGCGUGGCAAUGAAUGACUUUUUGUUAGUAAACUUUGAGAUUUUGUAGUAGAUAAGUAGUCUUAAAGUUUUAAGUAACUAAUUUUAAGAUAAGCCGUCAAGAGCCAAGACAGCCGCCGUUCCAAAAAGAAGGGGACCACAGAACAUUCAACCAGGAGGGUGGUCCGAAUGAGCCUCCUCAGCAAAAAACUCAACUGUCUCAGAAGACUGUUCAGAUGUUUAGUCGCUACCGCUCACCGGCAGCUCAACAGGGCAUUGGAACCUGCAGUUUAAAAGUCACUUAGCGUCUGAAAAUCGUUGGAGCCGAUGUUUUGUUUAACUCAAGAAAUGUUGCCCAAAGAAAGCUGAACAUUAGAGCUCUUCGCUGCGCUCUUAGUACACAUAGAUUCCCGAAGUCAACCUG